GUGGUGGGCGCCAUGGCGGCGGAGCGGGUCCGCCUCAGUUUCCCCGGCGGGGCGGGCGCCCUGAACACGCCGGUGCCCAUGAACCUGUUCGCCACCUGGGAGAUCGACGGCUCCAGCCCCAACUGCGUGCCCAGGUUGUGCAGCCUGACCCUGAAGAAGCUGGUGGUCUUCAAAGAACUGGAUAAAGAGCUGAUCUCUCUGGUGAUCGCGGUCAAAAUGCAGGGCUCCAAACGAAUCCUGAGAUCUCAUGAGAUUGUACUGCCCCCCAGUGGACAAGUCGAAACGGACCUCGCGCUAACAUUCUCCUUACAGUACCCUCACUUCUUGAAAAGAGAAGGCAACAAACUCCAGAUCAUGCUGCAGAGGAGGAAGCGAUACAAGAACCGAACAAUUCUCGGCUACAAAACGCUGGCGGUGGGCUCCAUCAACAUGGCAGAGGUGAUGCAGCACCCCACUGAAGGAGGCCAAGUUCUGAGCCUCUGUAGCGACGUCAAGGAAGUCACUGCCAAAGUUGCCGAGAUCUGGAUCUUCUCACUGUCCAGCCAGCCAAUAGAUCACGAAGAGAGCACGAUGCAGGCCAGCCAGAAGAGCAAAUCCACCGAUAACUAUUCCGAGGAAGAAUACGAAAGCUUUUCUUCUGAACAGGAAGCUAGCGACGAUGCCGUCCAGGGGCAGGACUUGGAUGAUGAUGAAUAUGAUGUCGGGAAGCCAAAGAAGCAGCGGAGAUCGAUAGUAAGAACGACGUCCAUAACCAGGCAACAGAACUUCAAGCAAAAAGUGGUCGCGCUCCUGCGGAGGUUCAAAGUGUCCGACGAGGUGCUGGAUUCGGAACAGGACCCGGCCGAGCACGUCCCAGAAGCGGAGGAAGACUUGGACCUUCUGUACGACACCUUGGAUAUUGAGAACCCCAGCGACAGCGGGCCCGAGAUGGAAGACGACGACAGCGUCCUCAGCACUCCCAAACCAAAGUUAAAACCUUAUUUUGAAGGCUUAUCACACUCCAGCUCUCAGACGGAAAUCGGAAGCAUCCACAGCGUCCGGAGUCAAAAGGAGCCCCCGAGUCCGCAGAUGGAAGUGCCUGAAAAGACAAGAAGCCUGGGGAUCAAACAUCCGGGCGAAAGUGUCCCUGACACAGUGUCUUAUGAGCCCAGCCAGCAAGAAGACAGCCAGGAAGCCGAGCUCUCCACGCUGGAUGUGUUCAUUGAGAAACUUCCACCGAGCGGGAAGAUCACCAAGACGGAGUCCUUAAUUAUCCCUUCCACCAGCAGGUCAGAGGGGAAGCAGACUGGCCGGCGGGGACGGAGCACCUCGCUGAAGGAAAGGCAGCCAGUGAGGCCCCAGAACGAAAGAGCCAACAGUCUAGACAACGAACGCUCUCCGGACACCAGGAAUCACUUGCAGGGAAAGGAGGCGGGAAGGCGGGAAAGAAGAGCAGGGAACCGCUGUCACUGUCGCCACCAAAGAUGUGACUGGACUCCGUUCUCAGUUCUCCAGCUGCCCAAGACCACCCACCCAAAAGCCCCCAACGCGGUCUCCCGGGCCGGAGAGGCCCCGAUCCCGGCCCACAGGAGGACUUGGAAGAGGAUUCCCAGGAAAACCGUGUACGAUCAGUUGAAUCACAUCUUAAUCUCCGACGACCAGCUACCCGAGAAUAUUAUCCUGGUCAACACUUCCGACUGGCAAGGCCAGUUUCUUUCAGACAUCUUGCAAAAACACACCCUCCCCGUGGUCUGCACCUGCUCUUCGGCCGAUAUUCAGGCGGCGUUCAGUACCAUUGUCUCGCGGAUACAGAGAUACUGUAAUUGCAAUUCUCAACCUCCAAAUCCGGUGAAGAUCGCGGUGGCGGGAGCUCAGAACUAUCUCAGUGCCGUCCUCAGGCUCUUUGUGGAUCAGCUGUCUCACAGGACACCGGACUGGCUCGGCUACAUGAGGUUUCUGAUCAUCCCAUUAGGUUCUCAUCCAGUGGCCAAAUACCUGGGCUCUGUUGAUUAUAGGUACAAUAAUUUCUUUCAAGACCUAGCCUGGCGAGAUCUCUUCAACAAACUUGAAGCACAGACCACUGUACAAGAAAGUCCAGAUAUUGUGUCCAGAAUAACACAGUAUAUACAGGGGGCCAACUUUGCCCACCAGCUCCCGAUCGCAGAAGCCAUGCUGACCUACAAGCAGAAGAGGAAAAAGAGCUUUCAUUUUGAUUUUACUUUAAGCCCUGAUGAAGAAUCCUCCCAAAAGUUCAUUCCCUUUGUUGGGGUGGUGAAAGUUGGAAUAGUAGAGCAGUCCUGCGCGACGUCAGGUGAUUCGGAUGAUGCGGCACCCUCCAGCUCCACCGUUCUUUCCUCCACGCCCCCUUCGAUGUCUCCUGCUGGAAAGGAAGCUUCUCCCACCCCACCCUCCUCUCCAUCCGUGACCGGCAGCUUUUCUUCGCCCAGCCAAAGUGCUGGUGCUGAAUUGAUGGGCCUGCAGGUCGAUUAUUGGAUCGCAGCGCAGCCCAUGGAAAAGAAGAAAGACCCAGAGAAGAAAGAUCUUCCCACUGCCAAAAACACACUGAAAUGCACUUUCCGGUCUCUCCAGGUCAGCAGGCUGCCCUGUAGCGGGGAGGCAGCAGCCACUCCAACCAUGUCCAUGACGGUCGUCACAAAGGAAAAGAACAAAAAAGUGAUGUUUUUGCCUAAAAAAACCAAGGACAAGGAAUACGAGUCCAAGAGCCAAUGCAUUGAAGGAAUUAGUCGAUUGAUUUGCACUGCUAAGCAUCAGCAGAACAUGCUACGGGUUCUGAUCGACGGAGUCGAGUGGAACGACGUCAAGUUUUUUCAGCUGGCGGCACAGUGGUCUUCCCACGUCAAACACUUCCCCAUCUGCAUCUUCGGACACUCCAAAUCUACCUUCUAGGUUUCCGAGCAGACGGAGGGAAGGAGGGAGGGAGGGAGGGAAGGAGCCGGCGAGCCCCUGACGAGUCCUUGGCUUCCCCGGAGCUUGCCAAGUCUCUUGCUGACCGAAGCCACUCUGCUUUCUGUCCCGCAGAUCCUUUGCAGCUGGGCUCGGAUGAUUUCUGAGUUACUUUUCUAUUCAUGGUUAAGUUUACUUUGGGGGCGGGGGAGGCGAACCCCAAAACCCACACGGGAAAAGCAGUCUUAAGCGUAAGCUGGCCGAUUACCCCCCAAACCACCGAGGAACAGUUCCCAGCCUGGAGAGCGGAGUAGCUUCACUGCAUACUAAUCUGGGACGCUUCCCGAGAGGAGCGGGGAGGGGGGCGGGGGGGGCGGCUGAAUUGAACUUCGAGGAUCUCACUUGGGAUUUGAUUUGGUGGGAGGAGGAGGACUGAGAAACGUUCUCCGACUGGCGGUUUCCAAACGGUUCAUCCCCAGAAACUUGACAAGCGGACGGGCGAGGCGGUCCACUCCUUCCUUGGCGAAAACCAGGGCCUGGGUUCGUUCAGGAGCGAGGUCCGCCUCGCCUCGGUCGGCCUGCCCGACCGCCCGUCCGGGCCGCGGGGACGAAGGCGAGCGAGUUUCCGAACGACCGGAGAUCGGCGCCCGGAAUUCCCCGGGGGGGAACGCGGGAGGACGCAGGGUGGGAUCGGGACAUCCGAGUCGGAUUCCCGUUUUGGAAGAAAACGUAGGCCGACAGCACCCCAGAACCCAUACCGUCCUCUGGCCCCCCCGCCCCGCUGCCAGGAGCUUCCUGCUGGCAUCCCGCCGGCUGGCACCCCACGGGGGUGCUUGCUGCUAUCUCUUAGGUUUUCCAUCAGGUCACGUUUUUCGGUCAGACCUCCAGCCUCAUAAAGAAACUGGCAUUUUGCAGUAGCGAGUUUUUUUUUUUUUUUUAAUGCUUUUAAAUAUAACUCUAUUCUAAUUUAGCUGCCAAAAAGAGAGGUUGCCGUUUUGUUGUCAAGUCUCAGCAUUACCCUGGUGGCUAGUAACUGAGCCAGCUGGACUCUGUCGUGCUUUACCCUUCUGCACCACCAGCGAUGGAGUCCGAGCUCCGCCCACGUCCGUACGUGUCACCCUCUUCCGUCCGAGACCCGGUCUCCCACAAACCUCGCCCCUCCCCGACUGGUGGGUAAGCACGCUUUUCACUUUCGUGUGGGUUUUGUCAAGCCUCCCGGCACACGGGCGUACUCACGGAUACCUCCUCUGGGAACCCGCUACCCUCAGAGGCCCGUUCCCCCCGCGCCCCCCGCCCCUCGGCCUACGUACCAGACCGCUUCGUCUCCGCCCGCCGACCAACAGAUCCGGUCACGGGGCCAGCUGGAGGCAAGAGGUGACCUGCAGAAGGUGUGCACUAAGGCGGAUAGGACAUCCAAGGUUGGCUUAACUUGAAUACCUCUCAGCCUAGCCUGUGGAUUUCACUUGGAGGGAUUGUGGAACUCACGGACAUCCUAGCCAGCACAGGCCCAAGUGGCUCUUAGGGCCCCUCGUCCACCAUCCGAACCAAACUGCCAGUUCACUUAAGAGUCUGGCCGCGCCUUCACCCUGAUUCCUAAGGGAUGCGGCCUCGUUUGGGGGUGGAACUGCCGGGCGCCAAUGACGUGGAGUUGAAGGUUGUCCCGAAGGAGCCGGUGUUUUCCCAGCCUUACCAAAAUCACUGUGACGUGGCGUCCACUUCCCGUGGCUCAGUGACGAGUAGGACCACCCGACUCUUACGCCUUCGGAAGCGUGUCGUUGCGGUCUACCUCCCUGUGGGUUCUGAUCGGUGACGUGUCUAAGCUUUCGGCUCCAACGAAGUGUUCUCUAAGCUGGAAGGGCCGCUAACACCCCCCCGUCUGAAUUCCCGCAGGGAUCUGUUUGUUCCAGAAGCUAACCAGGUGGGGCUGUGCAUAGCCUAGACCUUGAGAAUUGAAUCCUGGAAACCCUAAUUGGCAGAGGUCUGAUGCAGGAGUCUUGGGUUUAUCCGGCACGUUGAUUUUUUCUUUUUUGGUUGGUUUGUUUGCCCAAAACUCUCCACCCUUCUCACCUCGUCCCCAGCACAAAUACAGCCAACCUGUCCAGGGAAGUGACUCUUGGUAGAGCUGGUGAGGCCAGGGAGCAGAGACUGGAGGCAGGGAGGCCAUGAUCUCCCCGGGGGAGCUCAGUGAUUGACCGCACCUUCUUGGUCAGCUAAGACGGCACAGAGGUGACUUUUCAUCUCUCCGCUCCCCCUUGACCCUCUGUCUCCCUCUGCAAACCUCCCCCCCAAACCCCACCCCAUCAUCAUCUGGCUCACCUGGGUGGAGUUGGGAAAUUGUGGGACAGCAGAAGGAAAAUCAGAAAGUGGGCCGUGGGGUCUGGAUCCUGAGUGGUAAGAGAUGGCUCUAAAUUCCCCUCACCCCGUCCUUUGGGAAUCUCAGCCAAGCGGGAAUCCCGGCGGCAUUCCCCAGAAAGGUGGAAAGCAGCGUGCCGGGCCCACGGGUAUCUGGGAUCGCGUCUCUCCACGGGGAGGAACUGCACGUGGCGGGUGGAAUUUAGCAGGUCGGAAAUCCCGGCCGAGGCAGGACGGCAGCCAGGCUGCACGGCCGGAGAAUGGGCUUCUGGAAGUUAGCAGACCGAUUGAGGCGUCGCCGGUGCCUUCUCCGUUCCUCGGCUGGGAGGCGAGAGGGCCCGGCCGAGUGGGGAGAGCCGGGCUAAGCAAUAACAUUUCCGCCCUUCCUCCGUUUUCCUGUCCGGCCCCAGUCCAAAAGUUUCCCUCACGGGUUUGGGAAGUGAGGACGCCUGCGUGUACGUCUCCGAACGGACAUCUCGAGGGCCAUCUGGCUGGCUGAGGAGGGGGCGGGACGGUUUUCCCCUCUACUUUGGUUCAGGGCGGAGAUCCCUCCUCUCAGAGGCCAGGGACCGAAUCCCACCGUGGCUUUGGGGCCCGCCCUCCCUCAGGAAGCAGGAGAAAGGCGUCCCGCGUCUGGAAACUCUGGGGCGUUUUGUAUUUAUUUCUGUUAAUUACAGUUAAAAUGUUUACUUAGCACAGCCGCGGAGUGGGCACGUGUUUCCCCUUUUGUUAAGAGUUUGUACAGGAAGAAAGAAAAAUUAUAUAAUUUUUUUUAAUAUAAAAAGUUUCUAUUCAUUGCUCUUUUCAGAGGCAUUUUGCACAGUCGCUGUGGGACAGAGUGGGCAAGGUUAGGAAGGCCCAGAGGAGUACACGGAUCACUUCCAUUCAGUCGGUCGAUGGAUGGUAUUUAUCGAGCGCUUACUGUGUGCAGAGCACUGUACUGUACGCUGGAGAGAGUACAGUAGAACGGAGU